AUGCAUUCUUAUUCACCAAUCAGAGAAAAAGGUAUUAUUGGUAAGAGAAACUACAACACAAGAGAUUUUGAAUCGAAGGAAUCACACACGAGAAACUUGCAUCCCAAUGAAGAUUUCACUAUUGAUUAAGUAUAACCUCAAGCAAGCAUACUUCAAAAUUACAAUCAAGAAGAGGAGAUAGUUGAAUCAAUUUCUGAUUCUAACUAGAGUGAAUCUGAUGAGGAUAUGAAGCAGCAGCAAGAAAUGAGCGAUGGAGAGGAAAGCGCGAUUCAACAGCCAAAUAAAUACUACAAGUAUGCUCGCAAAAAAAGAUCAUCAGAAAACAAAAAACUUGUUUUCUUGUCUAAAAAGGUCCUCGAAGAAGUUUCAACAAAAAAAGAAACUACCGGAACCAAUAGUCUAGAUUUCAAGAAUGUUCAAAGAAGGGUUUACGAUGCCCUGAAUGUGUUGAGUGCUUUAGACGUUAUCACCAAGGAUAGAAAUAGAAUAACAUUCAAGGGGUAUAAUGGAUUACUCUAGUAAACUUAAGAAUCAAGAGUCAAUCAAGAUUAAUAGAUCAUCUAAAGUGAUUAGUUGACAAAGGAGAUUGAUGAUGUUAAAAUGAGACUUGAGGCUAAGACUGCUUUCAUGCUAGAAAUAGCCUAAUAGGUAAGAUAUCAUGCUUUCAGAUUAUCAUUAGUAAAUGGCUUUGAAAAAACUAGUGGCGCGAAACUAUUUAAUGCAGCAAUAGAAUAAUUUAUCUUCGAAGACUAAAAUAGAUGUUCCUUUCAGAAGGAUUCUUAAAUUGAUAUUCUACAAAAGGAAGACUAAGAACAAAUGAUUGUGAAUACUGAUAAAUAGUUUGAAAUCGUCAAUGAAAACCAUGUAAUGUAGAAAAUCAAUCUCAACACAAUGACCAAUGAUGAUAUUAAAAAUUUGCUGCAACCAUAAUUACAGCAAUAUUUGAGAGAUAAAUUUAGCAUUGAAGAUGAGCAAAUGAUUGAGACUUAACUCUUCUGUGAUGAAGCCCCUUUAUCACAAGCUGAUUUAUAGUAGCUCUCUUAAAAUAAUAUUCAACAGUAAAGAGAGUAUAACAGCCAACAGUAUCAUGAAAAUGUAUUCUCAUAGAAUUCCGGUUUUAAUGAAAGCUAAGCUGUCAGAAAAUAGAGUGAUUUUGGAAAUAACAACAAUAAUGGUGGGGGAAAUUUCAUUUCAAAUCCUAAUUCUAUCAUGAACACUCCUUUGAAAUUCAAGUUUAACAGUUUCGGUAAUAAGGCCAACAUGUACAACUUAAGUUCUCCAUAUAAACCAAUUAAAACAGAAAUGCUUGAUAUUCAUAAUAGCUUCAUGGAUAAAAAUGAUCAUUAUCACUAUAUGAACUCACCUCUGAUUGGAAAUGGUACUAUGAUAAUGGCGAACGAUAUCUUCAAUGAAAUGGAAUCAACUAAUUAUUACUCUAAUUUUACUAACAAUACCUGCUGGUAAAAAGAGCAGCAACUCAAAUUAUCUCAAAGUGGAUAAUAAAAUUAGAGCAGCGGUAAUGCAAACAGCAGCAUUGCUAAUACAAAAAGCCCAAUAAAUAUAUAGUAAUUUGUCGCAAACAAUUCUUAGUAAAGUAUCAACAAUGACAAUAGAGAUACUCCAUAUAAUAAAACUCCAUUUUUUGUAGGGAAAAUCAGUCCUCUCGGAGUCCCGUCACUUUCUAAUAUACUUCAUGAGUGA